CUUUUUGUCUAUCCACAGUCACCAAUUACAAUAACGUGAUAGAAGCAAAUUCAGAUUCAGAUGACGAAGAUAAAUUGCAUAUAGUGGAAGAAGAAAGUAUAACUGAUGCAGCAGAUUGUGAUGCAAGCGUGCCAGAAGAUGACUUGCCAACAGACCACACAGUGUUACCAGAAAACAGUGAAAGGGAAGGGAGCACAAACAGCUGCUGGGAAGAUGAAGCAGGAAAAGAAACAAAGGAAAUCCUGGGGCCUGAAGCUCAGUCAGAUGAAGUUGGAUGUACAGUAAAAGAAGAUGAAUGUGAUUCUGAUGCAGAAAAUGAACAGAACCAUGACCCUAAUGUUGAAGAAUUCCUUCAACAAGAAGAUACAGCUGUUAUUUACCCUGAAGCACCUGAGGAGGACCAGAGACAAGGCACACCAGAAGCUAGUGGUCAGGAUGAAAAUGGAACACCUGAUGCAUUUUCCCAGCUGCUUACCUGCCCGUACUGUGAUAGAGGGUACAAGCGCUUUACCUCUCUGAAGGAACACAUUAAAUACCGCCAUGAAAAAAACGAAGAUAACUUCAGUUGCUCCCUUUGCAGUUACACGUUUGCAUACAGAACACAGCUGGACCGCCACAUGACGUCGCACAAGUCGGGACGAGAUCAGAGACAUGUGACGCAGUCCAGUGGUAAUCGAAAAUUCAAGUGCACUGAAUGUGGAAAAGCUUUUAAAUAUAAACAUCAUCUAAAGGAGCACCUACGAAUCCAUAGUGGAGAGAAGCCAUAUGAGUGCCCAAACUGCAAGAAACGUUUUUCCCAUUCUGGUUCAUACAGCUCACACAUAAGCAGUAAGAAGUGUAUUGGUUUGAUGCCCGUGAAUGGUCGCGCUCGGUCAGGGCUCAAGACAUCUCAGUGCUCCUCCCCUUCCCUUUCUGCAUCGCCCGGUAGCCCAGCAAGACCACAGAUACGACAAAAGAUAGAAAAUAAACCCUUGCAAGAGCAACUUCCUGUUAACCAAAUUAAAACUGAACCUGUGGAUUAUGAAUUCAAGCCCAUAGUGGUUGCUUCAGGAAUUAAUUGUUCGACCCCUUUGCAGAAUGGGGUUUUUAGUGGUGGUAGCCCAUUGCAGGCAACCAGUUCUCCUCAGGGUGUGGUGCAAGCUGUUGUUCUGCCAACAGUGGGUCUGGUGUCUCCCAUAAGCAUCAACUUAAGUGACAUUCAAAAUGUACUUAAAGUGGCAGUGGAUGGUAAUGUAAUAAGGCAAGUAUUGGAAAACAAUCACGCUAAUCUUGCAUCCAAAGAACAAGAAACAAUCAGCAAUGCAUCUAUACAACAAGCUGGCCAUUCCCUCAUUUCAGCUAUCAGUCUUCCUUUGGUUGACCAAGAUGGGACAACCAAAAUUAUCAUCAACUACAGCUUGGAGCAGCCAAGUCAACUUCAGGUUGUUCCCCAAAAUCUAAAGAAAGAACAUUCUGUUCCUACAAACAGUUGCAAAAAUGAAAAGUUACCAGAAGAUCUUACGGUGAAGUCUGAGAAAGAUAAAAACUUUGAAGGAGAGACCAAUGAUAGCACUUGUCUUCUUUGUGAUGACUGUCCAGGAGAUCUUAAUGCACUUCAAGAAUUAAAGCACUAUGAAACAAAAAAUCCUCCUCAGCUUCCUCAGUCCAGUGGAACAGAAGCUGAGAAGCCCAGCUCCCCUGCCCCAUCAGAAACUGGGGAGAACAACUUAUCUCCUGGUCAGCCACCUUUAAAGAACCUUUUAUCGCUCCUAAAGGCAUAUUAUGCAUUAAAUGCACAACCAAGCGCAGAAGAGCUUUCAAAAAUAGCCGAUUCCGUAAACCUACCACUGGAUGUGGUAAAAAAGUGGUUUGAAAAAAUGCAAGCUGGACAAAUUUCUGUGCAGUCUUCUGGACCAUCUUCUCCUGAACAAGUUAAAAUAAGCAGUCCCGCAGAUAAUGAGGAUCAAGCAGCAACUACAAAUGAGAGUGAACCCCAGAACAGCACAAACAACUCACAAAACCCGGCCGAUACAAGUAAAUCUCAGACUUCAUCAGGGGGAUCAACUCAGAAUGGUUCGCGCAGUAGCACGCCAUCCCCAUCACCACUAAACCUUUCUUCAUCAAGAAAUUCACAGGGUUAUACGUACACAGCAGAGGGUGUACAAGAAGAGCCACAAAUUGAACCUCUUGACCUUUCACUACCAAAGCAACAUGGAGAACUGUUGGAAAGAUCUACCAUAACUAGUGUUUACCAGAACAGUGUUUAUUCUGUCCAGGAAGAACCUUUGAACUUAACUUGCGCAAAAAAAGAACCACAAAAGGACAACAGUAUUACAGACUCUGAUCCUAUUGUAAAUGUAAUCCCACCAAGUGCCAAUCCCAUAAAUAUUGCUAUACCUACAGUCACUGCCCAGUUACCUACAAUUGUUGCCAUUGCUGACCAGAACAGUGUUCCAUGCUUGAGAGCUCUUGCUGCCAAUAAGCAAACCAUUUUGAUUCCCCAGGUGGCUUAUACGUACUCUACUACAGUUAGUCCUGCAGUUCAGGAAACACCACCAAAACAGACCCAAGCCAACGGAAGUCAGGACGAAAGGCAGGACACUAGCUCAGAAGGAGUAUCGAAUGUAGAAGAUCAAAAUGAUUCUGAUUCAACACCCCCAAAGAAAAAAAUGAGAAAGACAGAAAAUGGGAUGUAUGCAUGUGAUUUGUGUGACAAAAUAUUCCAGAAGAGCAGCUCGUUAUUGAGACAUAAAUAUGAACACACAGGUAAAAGACCUCACGAGUGUGGAAUCUGUAAAAAAGCCUUCAAACACAAACACCAUUUGAUCGAACACAUGCGACUGCAUUCUGGGGAGAAACCCUACCAAUGUGACAAAUGCGGAAAGCGCUUUUCACACUCGGGGUCAUACUCUCAACACAUGAAUCAUCGCUACUCCUAUUGCAAAAGAGAGGCAGAGGAGCGUGACAGCACGGAGCAGGAGGAGGUGGGACAGGAGGUGCUCAGCAGCGAGCAUGCUGGUGCCAGGGCAUCGCCAUCGCAGAUCGACUCCGAUGAGAGAGAGAGUCUAACCAGGGAAGAAGAGGAAGAUAGUGAAAAAGAGGAAGAGGAGGAGGAAGAAAAGGAGGUAGAAGGACUUCAGGAAGAAAAAGAAUGUAGAAAACUACAAGAUGUAGAGGAGGAAGAAGAAGUAGAAGAAGAAGAAGAAGAAGAAGAGGAGGAAGGGAAAACUGAAGGUAACAAGAACGAUGACGUCGUAAAUCGAGCAAGCAAUGCAGAACCAGAAGUUAUACAGAGCAAUGGGCAGGUGUCAGAAGAAAAAACAAAUAAAGCUUAAAUGAUAGUUUUUUCUAUAUGAAAAAAAAAAAUCGGUAAUGAAGUUCGUUCUAUAUUAUACAUGCUUUUCAUGGAAACACGGUAGCCUGCGUACUGUGAUUUCUGUUCACUACUGUGUAAAAAAAUAUAUAUAUAAAAAAAAAG